CCUCGGCGAAAAUGGCAUUAAACUAUAUUAAUUAUUUAAUCAACUCAAUCUUCCUCUCACGCACUCUCCAUGAGCUAUCGCCUCCACAGCUUCAUCCCCCUACGCUGGAGCGCCAUUUGCAAACACCCCUUUACUCUUUCUUCCCGUUUCAAUUCCAGGUUCAUGACAACCUGCAAACUUAUUCACUCACACACACUCAUGACAUCCAUAGAUCGACAAACGUAAAGAAUUUCCUGGUUUGGUGUUGCAGUGGCAGAGGCAGACCCGGAGAUCACAUGGAGGAAUUGGAUCCCUCCAAGGAGUGUGAAGCUGUAGUGGGUGAUCCUCAGUUGCUGCAAAAGAAAAUAGCGGCAAUUCAAAUGGCGGGUCCUGCCAAAUUACAGGUAAUUGCAGAUUUUGAUGCCACACUAACACAGUACUGGAUCAAUGGCAGUCGAGGGCAAAGCAGUCAUGGCCUUUUGCAACAGGGGAACCCUGUGUAUGAUGUGAAGAGACAGAAACUAUAUGAUUAUUAUCAUCCUUUAGAAUUCUCCCCAACAAUUCCAAUUGAGGAGAAAGCUAAGCUCAUGGAAGAGUGGUGGGGAAAAACCCACUCUCUCCUUAUUGAGGGAGGCCUUACUUAUGAUGCAAUUGAGAAGUCUGUGGCUACUGCCAACAUUGCUUUUAGGGAAGGUGUAGUUGAACUUUUUGAGUUUUUGGAGGAUAGAGAUAUUCCUGUUCUUAUAUUUUCUGCUGGGCUUGCAGAUAUUAUUGAGGAGGUCCUGAGGCAGAAACUUCAUAGAUCUUUUAAGAAUGUUAAAAUUAUAUCAAAUCGGAUGUUAUUUGACGAGGGUGGCUGCCUUGUGUCUUUUAUAGGGAAGACAAUUCAUGUGCUGAAUAAGAACGAGCAUUCCCUUGAUAUGGCUGCCCCUACUUAUGACCAUGGUUAUGCAGAUGGGCCAAGUGAUGACAAUUUCUCAGUGAAGAGCAGGACCAAUGUGCUGCUGCUUGGUGAUCAUAUUGGAGACUUGGGAAUGUCUGAUGGUUUGAACUAUGAAAAUCGAAUAUCGGUUGGGUUUCUGAAUGACAACAUCGAGAAGUCUCUUUCUAGCUAUCGCAAAGCCUUUGACAUUGUAUACCUGAAUGAUGCGCCCAUGCUGGGAGUAGUCAAGUUAGUCUCUGGGCUUUGCUCAACUGGCAGAGGGGCUUGAGCUGUGUGCCAUGCCAAAAUAUUCGUAAAUAUGCUCUCACGAUGGUGCUUCUAAUUAUUAUCAUACCCAGAUGCCAUUUUCCUUUUCCAGGCCAGGGAUAUGCCGGCAGGGUUGUUGCAUUUGACAAGCUCUAGCUAAUUCAAUUGAUGUUCGAUUAUAUUAGUCAUAUUUUUUUGGCCAGUGAAUCGAUUGAUUGAUGUCCAAAGAAAUGGAUUUGUUAUAUUUUCUAUACAUGAUUUCAUUACACUACAUUUUUUAACCCAAGAUGGAUGUAAUUUUUGGCUGCUUAAUUUUCAUGGCCAUCCAACUGCAAUAAUGCUGAUGCCCGAUCUUGCAUGCA